AGUGAUGGUGCAGCUUCCGCUUGUGAGGGCUCAGUGGACUGCGGACUGGCGGAGUUGUGCCCGUUCUCACCACGAUGCUCCCCGCUAAGGCUCUUCGCUACACCUGUGUUCUGAUUGGACGCCAAAUAAAUGACAUUCAGAACUUCUGCUGAGGUACUAUAAGCUUCUGUGGUGACAUGGCACCUGGCUUCUUUCUUCAAGGGAAGUUCAGCACACAGCACAGUCCUUGACAAGCUGCAUGGUUUAUGAUCUACCUGGUGCAGAAGAAAACUCAAGUGUGAUCAUCUGGAACUAUGUCAAAGAGUCACAAUGACCUUGCACAAUAACAAUACAACUUCACCUUUAUUUCCAAACAUCAGCUCUUUCUGGAUACCUGGCUCCCCAGAUUCAGGGCUGCCCCCAGGAACGGGCACUCAUUUUGGCAGUCACAACAAUUCUCGAGCAGCUGGGAAUUUCUCUCUUCCAAAUGGCACCAUCAGUGACCCUCUGGGAGGCCACACCAUCUGGCAGGUGGUCUUCAUUGCAUUCUUAACGGGUGUCCUGGCCCUGGUGACCAUCAUUGGCAAUAUCUUAGUGAUAGUGGCAUUUAAGGUCAACAAGCAACUGAAGACAGUCAAUAACUACUUCCUCUUAAGCCUUGCCUGUGCUGAUCUGAUUAUUGGGGUCAUUUCAAUGAAUCUGUUUACUACCUACAUCAUCAUGAAUCGAUGGGCUUUAGGGAACUUGGCCUGUGACCUCUGGCUCUCAAUUGACUAUGUGGCUAGCAACGCAUCAGUUAUGAAUCUUCUGGUGAUUAGCUUUGACAGGUACUUUUCCAUCACAAGGCCACUCACAUACCGGGCCAAACGAACAACAAAAAGAGCUGGUGUGAUGAUAGGUCUGGCGUGGGUCAUCUCCUUUGUCCUUUGGGCUCCUGCCAUCUUGUUCUGGCAGUACUUUGUGGGGAAGAGAACUGUGCCCCCAGGGGAAUGCUUCAUUCAGUUCCUUAGUGAGCCCACCAUUACCUUUGGCACAGCCAUAGCUGCCUUUUAUAUGCCUGUCACCAUUAUGACAAUUUUAUACUGGAGGAUCUAUAAAGAAACUGAAAAACGUACCAAAGAGCUUGCUGGGCUACAAGCCUCGGGGACGGAAGCAGAGGCAGAAAACUUUGUCCAACCCACCGGCAGUUCUCGAAGCUGCAGCAGCUAUGAGCUUCAACAGCAAAGCAUUAAACACUCAGCCAGGAGAAAGUAUGGCUGCUGCAACUUCUGGUUCUCAGCCAAGAGCUGGAAGCCCAGUGCUGAGCACAUAGACCAAGACCACAGCAGCAGUGACAGCUGGAAUAACAACGAUGCUGCUGCCUCCCUGGAAAACUCUGCAUCCUCUGAUGAGGAAGACAUUGGCUCAGAGACGAGAGCCAUCUACUCCAUUGUGCUCAAGCUUCCAGGUCACAGCACCAUCCUCAAUGCCACCAAAUUACCCUCAUCUGACAACCUGCAGGUGCCAGAUGAGGAGCUGGGGACAGUGGACUUGGAGAAAAAGGCCAGCAAACUGCAGGCACAGAAGAGCAUGGAUGAUGGAGGAAGUUUUCAAAAAAGCUUCUCCAAGCUUCCCAUCCACUUAGAGUCAGCCGUGGACACAGCCAAGACCUCUGACAUCAACUCCUCAGUGGGUAAGACCACGGCCACUCUACCUCUGUCCUUCAAGGAAGCCACCCUGGCCAAGAGGUUUGCUCUGAAGACCAGAAGUCAGAUCACUAAGCGGAAACGGAUGUCACUCAUUAAGGAGAAGAAAGCAGCCCAGACCCUCAGCGCCAUAUUGCUUGCCUUCAUCAUCACCUGGACUCCCUACAAUAUUAUGGUUCUGGUGAAUACCUUUUGUAACAGCUGUAUACCCAAAACCUAUUGGAAUCUGGGCUACUGGCUGUGCUACAUCAACAGCACCGUGAACCCUGUGUGCUAUGCCCUGUGCAACAAAACAUUCAGAACCACUUUCAAGAUGCUGCUGCUAUGCCAAUGUGACAAAAAGAAGAGGCGCAAACAGCAGUAUCAGCAAAGACAGUCAGUGACUUUUCACAAGCGUGUGCCUGAGCAAGACUUGUAGAAUGAGGUUUUGUCAAUAACAGUGACCAAAUGCACACAUCAACCAACAAACCUUAGGAG